AUGAAUGGUUCCAAAGAGCUUUUCAGAAACCUAAAAAUUGAAAAUCGAAAAGAAAACUAAAAGGUUCAAAGACUGUAGAUAUAAUGGCAUCAUAUUUUAGAAAGACAUUAUCUCCAUUCUCUGAUAAAUAUAUGUAUCUAGAUGAGAAUCAAAAGAUGGAGAAAGAAAGAGAUAUGGAUAAGAUGGACAGCCAAAUAUACUAUUCUAGAAAAUGUCUACUAAAUUUAAAAAUCUUGGAAGGAUGAAUCAUCUCCAAUCAAUCUCAGACUCGAAGAUUCAAUGAAGAAAGCUUUUAAUAAUCGAGCAGAGACUAUUGGAAUCAUGGGACAGAUAAAAAUAGAAGCUCUUGAAAAGCCAGGAAUCAUGAAAUAAGAACAACAAACUACAAAGAACAUUAUUAAUCCUAGCAACUACAAUAAUUUCAUGAAUGCCAUCCUAUCUGAAACUGAAUUCAAUUAAAACUUUUUGGCGCCUAUUUAAGAUAAGCUCAAAAGAAAUUUGAUUACUGAUUUGAGAAGGACUGUAAGCAAAAGAAAAAUGUAUGAGGAAAAAAUUUAGCAAUAUUCAAUGAGAAAAUAGUAAAGUAAUAGAGAAGAAGUUGUAAAAACUGAUCAGACAGUCUAAUUGAGUGUCCAGUAUUAAGAGUAAACAAUCAAUCAAUUUGAUAGAAGGAAUACUUGGUAAAAAAGAAAGAUGCGAUCCCACCAUUUAUUAAAAUCUAGGGCUCAAUUUAUACCAUAGAAUUUAUCUCCUUCUGUUAUGUAUCAAGAUAUUGUUGAUGGCUUAUCUGAUGUUAAGAAGCCAUCAGUGCCUGAUUUUGGUUUCUAAUUUUAUGAGAAUUCAUUCAUCUAAUAGUCAUUUACGCCUAAAAAUUAUGAAACUGAUGAGAAUACUAAGUACUGGAAAGAAUUUUUCAAAUUUGCUGUUAAGACUAAAAAGUAUGAGAGACUUCAAAAUUUCAUUGAGUAUAGACAUGAAUAGAAAUAGCAAGUUGAAAAAGAAAAGCAUAAAAAGAAGCAUAGAAAAAGUGGCAAAAGAAGAAUUAGACAAGCAGUGACAGGAUACUUAGCCUAGGUUACUUACAAUGAGAUAAUGAAGGACUAAGGUAUAAAAUUAGUCAAGAAAAGAGAAAGUGGAUUAAUUAAGUUUGAAAAUAUCUAAGAAAAUAAGAGAAGUAGUGCUACCACUAGCAAUGGAACCGUAAAAAAAGUUAACUUUCAGGAAGACUAGUCAAAAUAGUAAGAGUAAGUUUUGCCUUAGUAAUAGCAGUAACCAAAUGCUGUUGAAAAUAAAUCCUCUAAAAAAAUAUCUUAAGUUUUGCCUUAAAACUAAGCCUUGUCCCCUCAGUAGAAGCAAACUAGUUUUACUAACAUAACUCAAACUCAUUAGUAGCCUUAGAAAACUGUGAUUCAAAAUCUUACUGAAAUUAAGCGGUUAAUAAUGCAUCAAGCAAUAUACUAGUAAAUGUAAGCUUAGUAACUGAACAUUUAGGAUUUAAAGAGUAAUCUCAAAAAUAUCAAAGACAUGGCUAAGAAAAAUAAAAAGGAGAUUAAUUUAAUUAGGUACAAAAAUUAAAACCUCGUCCCUUCAAGGAAGAGACCUCAAACAGCAAAUAAAACUCAACCAGUGUCACCAAAGGUUUAUGAAAAUUUGAUAAUUAGUCCAAAGGAAUCUCAAGUUGAGACUACAUUUUAAACUUAUCGAAGUAAUAGAGGGGCAUUUUUAUCUCCUGAUUAAAAGAUGUAAACUGGCAGAUUUGAUGAUAAACCAUCUGGAUACUUUGAUUUAUUACUAAAUAAAGAUAAGGCUUCUUCCUAAAUAAUUUCCCAACCUACUUUGAAAAAAUUUAGUAGCGAAUAGUCUAAACUUAAUAUGGAUAUAUAAAAGGUGAUAACUAAUGAAUCUCAAAUCUAGCUAAACAAUUAAAAGAUAAUAAAAAUUGAUCCAACUAUUGUGAUAAAUAAAAAAAAAAGGUAAGGGUCAAGGAGGAAUUUACAAGUAUAGUCUUCAGCUAUUUAGUCAAGAGCGAAUCUCAAUUCCUAAGUUAAAUUUAAAUAAUCCCAGCAAGUAAUUUCUCCUCCAAAUAAAAGCUAAGUGAAGCAAAAAGUGUAAUUAAAAGCAAAAGUCUAGAAUGAGUAACCAUCAAUAAUUAAGAAAGGAAGAAGGAUCGUGAAACUUAAGGAGAUUUUACUCGAAUAAAUGGAUGAAUCAAUAGUACCAUUAUGCUAGUAAUUAGACUUCAAAGUUGAAAACCGAUUAAAUAAUGAUACUAGUGUGUCAUUUUGA